AUGAGUGAGGCGUGGUGGUCUCCUCACUACAAAAGAUCCAAUGGGUAUUUUGGGUGUGAAACAACGCAUCAUGCCGGAAAGGUCACAGGAAUGAAGGUAGAUACAUGGGCAUACUUCGAAGUCAAACGGCUUUUUGCAAACAUGGAUUACGAGUGGGACAAAAUAAACGUCUUCACACGAUGGGUGGCAUCCACUAAACAGACAAUUGUUAUCAUUUUCGACCCAAAGCCUUCCAUUCAGGAGGGUCUUGUCAAAUCACUGUUAAGCUUCGAUUCUAACACCCUGGAUGAUAUAUACUGGCCUUAUCCGAUUAUUCUGGAUAGUGUGGCCAAUCUCGAAGAAAUCGCCGUAUGGGGAAUCCGCAAUCAAGUCCGCGAUAUUGAGACAAAGGGAAUGCCAGAGGGAGCUCCGAAGCCUGAAUACAGGAAGCUACAUGAUAUCAGUCGGCACGCCAUACAUGUGAGCGAGACUCUAGACGUUGCAGUGCAAACUGUCGAGGCUAUUCAAAAGCACCACAUCAACCUCAUCAUGCCGAGAACAGAUGAUCAAUAUCAGGAUCCUUUGGUCAGCGAAGGCAUUCGCGCUCGAUUGGAGUUCUAUCAAGGCUUUAUCUCCAAUUUACGACAUCGGUCAACUUCGAACGAAAAGCGCUUACAGAACGAGAUCCAGCUUGCGUUUAACACCGUGGCUCAACACAACGCAGCAACUUCUGUUGAUAUCGGACGUGUUGCCCUGUACAAUGCGGAAACCUCUGUCAAGAUCGGGCGUGCCGCAAAAAUAGAUAGUUCGGCCAUGAAGACGAUUGCGUUUGUCACACUAAUAUUCUUACCGCCGACGUAUAUCUCCUCUGUCUUCAGCAUGUCCUUUUUCCAAUGCGGUAACGACAAUGGCUGGGGUCUGUCAAACAAAUUUUGGAUCUAUUGGGUCUUUGCCAUUCCAACCACUAUUGCCACGGUCAUUGUCUGGCAGUACUGGCAUAACCUGUUUCCAGAUCCUGAAUCCAACAAGCCAAAAAAUGCAGUCUAA